AGGAGGAGAAGGAGCCAAGAUGGCGUCGGAGGGCGAGCUGGGCAGGAAGUGGGACCGGUGCUUGGCUGACUCGAUAGUCAAGCUGGGUGCCGGUUUUGGGCUGGGCAUCGUCUUCUCAGUCAUCUUCUUUAAAAGGAAGACGUGGCCUGUCACUUUUGGGUCGGGGAUGGGCUUGGGAAUGGCAUAUUCCAAUUGCCAACAUGACUUCCAGUCUCCUUAUCUUCUCCACGGGAGAUUUGUCAAGGAGCAGUGACCGGUGGCUAGCGGACUCCUUUGUGCCAGAGAGAUGGUGAGACCUUGGUAAUUCAUCUGAAGGAUCAACUCGCCCCAGCGCCGAGGCAGAGCUUUUCUCAUGGGGUCACCUCUUGCUCUUUUCUACAGCCGGUUUAUUUAUGCCUGAAACCAAAUCUUGUUUUGUAUCUUCUUCUGGAAACUGCAAGGAAGGUGCUGUUCUGAGAAAUAAAAUCCGAAUGACACA